AUGCUUCGUCUGCACAAUUUCAUUCGUCCAGCAUUUCGCUCCCGUAGAUGGGCUCAUAAUAUCCCUACGUUUUCUCACCUGAACUCCGUCAACGAGGAGGAUAUCGCACACUUCUCCAGUAUACUCGCACCCACGUCUAUACUAUCAACUUUGUCAUCAGUCUCCACCCCCGCAGAUGAUAUUGCACCCUACAAUGUCGACUGGAUGGGAAAAUACCAUGGUCAAGCCAACUCCGUGCUCAGACCCCGCACGACACAACAAGUUAGCGAAAUUGUCAAGUAUUGUGCUCAGCGUAAAAUUGGAAUCGUCCCCCAAGGCGGUAAUACUGGCCUAGUCGGUGGUGGUAUCUCUUUGCAGAAAGAAAUUGUUCUCAGCUUAGGCGCAAUGAACAAUGUUCGGUCUUUCGACCCUGUCUCUGGUGUUCUCGUCGCCGAUGCUGGGUGCAUUCUCCAGUCCCUGAGUGAAUAUAUUGCCCCUCACAAUCACAUCAUGCCCCUUGAUCUCGGUGCAAAGGGAAGUUGUCAAAUCGGUGGUAAUAUUUCCACAAACGCAGGUGGUCUCCGACUCCUACGUUACGGAUCUCUGCAUGGUACCGUCCUAGGAUUGGAAGUAGUUCUACCAGACGGUACAAUUCUGGACCAGCUAUCAACCCUGCGAAAGGAUAACACCGGCUAUGACCUUAAGCAACUCUUCAUUGGUGGAGAGGGUACACUCGGUAUCGUUACCGGGGUCUCCAUCCUCACACCUCCUGCACCCCAGGCCACCAACAACAUAUUUUUGGCAUUACCCCGCUUCGACAAUGUUUUACCACUCUUCCAAACUGUGAAACGCCAACUUGGAGAAAUCAUGUCUGCUUUCGAGUACAUCGACCGCACCGCUUACGACAUGGGUUUGCAACACGGUCUUGGCCCUUUGCUCAGCGCAGAUGAAGUUGGCGACUCGCAAUGUUUUGUACUGGUCGAAACCAGCGGUGGGAACCAGGAUCACGAUUUAGAGAAACUUAACAAUCUUCUGGAGAGCUUGCUGACCGCCGAUGAACCGUUGAUUAACACCGGUGUUCUUUCCCAGUCACCCACUCAAUUCAACUCGAUAUGGGCUCUGCGUGAAGGCUUGACUGAAUGUGUUCAGAAAGAAGGCAAACCAUACAAAUAUGACGUUUCUGUCCCCCUUGCAGACUUCCAAAAUGUCGUCGAUGCUGUUCGGGAACGCAUGAUUUCGAAAGGGCUCUACGGAGAUCACGCAAUUUCCAAGGUCAUGGGAUACGGCCACGUUGGCGACGGAAACCUGCAUCUUAAUGUGAUCGCCAAGCAUGGAUACCGCCCAGAGCUUGAGGCAGCUCUGGAGCCUUUCAUCUAUGAAAUUGUCGCUGAACGCAAGGGCUCGGUGUCCGCAGAGCAUGGCAUUGGAUCGAUGAAGAGGGAUGCGCUGCAUUACUCUAAGAGUGAAAUCAGUAUUGAGUGGAUGAGGAAGGUCAAGCAGGUUUUUGAUCCUUUGAAUAUCAUGAACCCCGGGAAGGUUCUCCCAUAG